UGCGGGAGUAUUUCCUUAUCUCGCUGACUCGUUGUAAAGCAAAAAAAAAAACAAAACAACCAGAAGGAUAGCUACGAAAUUUGCUGCACCGUUUUUUUUUUUUGUAGUGUUCACGAAAAUUCUGUUCCUCUCGGUGCUGGAUUUGAAAAUUUUUAUAUACAUAUGUACAAAAUUAAGAAAUUUAUUUUUUGGUGCUGCUACUAAAAUUAGCAUAUUCUGCAUAUAUUUGCUAAAAAUAGCCUAAUUUCGGUGACAAGUACUUUUGAUUGACAGUUCUCAACAAAAAUGGCUGCCAAGAAUGGGUUGCUUGCUGAAACCUCGUCCAACUCUACAGCGGUUCAAAAAAACAAAGCAACUGACGAUGGUAAUGCCAAUCUUAACAAAAAGACUGCUGCCACUUGCAAGGGAAAGUGCAAAUUCCACGAAGCUUUUACAUUUUUCACCGGCUAUGAGAUCGAUAACUUCACAUCCUAUGCCAGUUUCACGAAUUGGUUACAUCGACCCGUUGAUGCCUCAGCGAUCGGAGUUUUUCGUAUGUUAUAUGGCCUGGCUAUGUGCAUCGACAUUGCGGAAGAGCGUGGCGGCGGCCAAAUGGAUUUGCGCUUCGGCGAGCCACAACACUGUCAUUUUCCGCUCUUUAAUGACAUGCGCGCCGUCUCGUUUCCGUUGAUGGGCUGCAUUUAUCUGGUCAUGUGGUUGGGCGCACUCGGCAUAAUGCUGGGCUAUCGCUUUCGCCUCAGCUGCCUGGUGUAUAUUAUGCCAUAUUGGUAUAUAUUUCUGCUCGACAAACCGGCGUGGAAUAAUCACAGUUAUUUGUUUGGUUUGGUUGGCACAAUACUUCUAUUCACAGAUGCGAAUCGGUAUUGUUCUUUGGACAAAUACCUACAACCGAAUAUGCCGGAGACUGUACCCUACUGGAACUACUUUUUAGUAAAGUUUCAAUUUUUCGUGCUCUACGUGUAUGCCGGUUUGAAGAAAUUCACCGCCGAGUGGCUUUCUGGCUAUGCCAUGUCCAGUCUCAGCCAGCAUUGGGUCUUCAGACCAUUUCGUUCGCUGUUGUCGGCGGAAUUAACGGAUCUGUUGAUAGUACAUUGGUUUACAGCGAUUUUCGACUUUUCCAUUGCCUUCUUUAUGACCUGGGAGGCGACAAGGCUUCUGGCCACGCCUUUUAUGAUCAGCUUUCACUUGAUGAACUCGCGACUAUUUGUGAUAGGCAUGUUCCCUUGGGUCUGCUUGGCCGAGGUGCCGCUCUUCUUUGGCUUUAGCUGGCCUCGCAAACUUACUUUUAAGCGCUUUGUGCUGCAUAUUUUAACAGCAAGUAAAUCCAAGGCGCAAGCGCAGCAGCUGCCAGCAGAAAAAAUGAGCGCGACAACCGAAGCCACCACGAAAGAGUCUGCUGCUCCAGCGUGUGACCAGAAUCAGAUUUCGAGCGCCCAAAGCAACGAUUGCCAGACGGUGCACAUAAAAAGCCGUGGCUAUGCCGCGAAGUCGCGUACUGCGCUAAUACUCGCCUACUGCGCCCUGCAACUUUUCCUGCCAUAUUCGCAUUUCAUCACCAAAGGUUACAACAAUUGGACUGAAGGACUCUACGGCUAUUCCUGGAACAUGAUGGUGCACACCUACGACACAGUCCUGACAUCCGUUAAACUCGUCGACAACAACAACGGCAAUGUACACUACCUAGAUCCGUAUGCCUUCACCGAAUAUGACCGCUGGACAAAACAUGCCGAUAUGGCUUACCAGUACGCGAAAUGCAUUGCGGCCAAUAUACGUGAAGAUUACGCGAUAGAUCCACAGGCUAGCCCAUUGAGUUCGACGAAUAUUUCGAUUUACUUCGAUGUUUGGUGUUCGAUGAACGGACGCUUUCAACAGCGCGUCUUCGAUCCACGUGUGGAUCUGCUCAAGGCUGAGUGGUCGCCAUUUCGGCAUACCCCGUGGACACUGCCACUGCUGAACGAGUUGAAUUAUAUGCGCCCAAAAUUGAAGACUAUGACGAAUGAGGUUUUGGGUUGGAGUAAUUACUCUGAUGUGAUUUUCGUAGCCGACUUUCCGGGGCUAACGUUGGACAAUUACAUUUCGCCUGAAUUGACAAAUGUAACGCUCACUAUUCUGGCGGGAAACGUGCGCUAUAAAAGUGACGAUGAGGAUGAAUUUUACUUUCUAACGGCUGGCAAGAGUUUUGUAUUGAAAAGUGGGGAGACACAUCAUAUAACAACAAUCGGACAGAAGCCAUCUUCAUAUCUCUAUACUUUCAUGAACAAAACAAUGAUCGAUAAUGAGUUGCUGAUCGAUGAUUACAGCAGCAAAGAACCCAAACCGUUGUUGCCACUUUGGGAUGAAUUUAAGAGUCGCGUAAAAAACUAUAAACAAUUCCUUAAGCAUAUGGCUAAUUGUGUGUUGUAUUUGUUUUAUGACGUGCCAAUACCUAUGGAAGUACGUGAGCGCAACUAGAGAUUUUUUUUUUUAGCAUAAACUGCCUCGAAAACCGCUUUUGCCGAAAAAAAAGCAUUUGAGAUCAAAAUGUUAAAAUUGUGUGAUAAAUGGAUAAUAAAGUUA